AUGGCGAAGGGCGUGAGUUCGGCAGCCGUGCAAGCAGAACAACUUAAGCAAGAUGGAAACCUCUAUUUCAAGAAGAAUCGGUUGGGAGCCGCCAUCGAUGCUUAUACCGAGGCGAUCACUUUCUGCCCUGAUGUUCCCGUUUAUUGGAUUUCGUUUUGGCCGUUGAUAGGAGAACUCGGCACCAGUGAAUUGCAUUCUGUUGACACCCUUGAUUUCAGGGAACUUAUCAAGUUGCUAAAUGGAAUGGGGCAAUAG